AAAAUGUUCGAAAAAAGUUUUGCGUAUAUCAUAUCUGAUAUUUUAAGUUUUAUUACCAUAGCAAUAUGCUUUAUUCUUAAAGUACCUCAAAUUAAAACACUGCAUGAAAAAAAAUCUGCUAGAGGCAUAAAUUUAUAUGGACUUAUGUUAGAAUUAUCCAGCUACACAAUUAUGUUUUCGUACAAUUUUGUGAAUAGAUAUGCUCUUUUAUCAUAUCUGGAAUACCCAAUAAUUUUAAUACAGCAAUUAAUAUUAAUAUACCUAGUUUUGUUAUAUAACAAUCUCAUCAGCAAAAAUACAUUGAUUUUUGUUGUGGGGUACUUGAUAUUGGCAUCAGUUUUAGCUUUCGACAUGCUUCCAAGAACAGUACUUGGUAUAUUGGUGCCAAUGUGUACACCUAUUGGAGCAUCCAGUAAGAUUGUGCAACUCUUAGAAAUACUCCGUACAAAAGAUUCUGAAUCGGUCAGUGUUUUGACUUGGUUCAUAUCUGCAUUUACAAAUCUGACUCGUAUUUACACUAUUUAUAUGGAUUCAGCGGAUUUUACACUAUUGGGAAAUUUUAUAAUUUCUACAGUACUAAGCACUUCAGUAAUGUUUGCUGCUUUAUUUUAUAAGAAAGCAAAUGAAAAACUUGCUUAG